AUGGCGAACAGCCAGCCCACCGCUCCCAAACCUUCCCCGGGGCUUCAGGAGAAAGGGGAGGCUGCCAGCGAGAGCCGCACAGAGAGUGUAAGCGGCUCUCGCUUUUCAGCAAGCCAGGAGGAGGGACGGACAGGGCUCCCAUCCGUCCCUCCUCCUGGCUUGCUGACAAGCAAGCAGACCGAAAGCGUGAAAGGAGAGAGCAACAAAGUGGCGGUGCUGGCAACUGCGGAGUUGCCUGCUAAAUCGGUUGAUCUGGCAGCGAUUAACCUGACUGAAUUGGUAAAUGGGAUGCUAAACACAGCCCUCAAAGGCAGCAAAAAGUUCUUCUCAUUGCUGAGCAUCACAUCUUACAGCUCGUAUGCCUUCCAUAAAGUUUCCAUAGUCAUCUACAACAUAUCCAACCUGAAGAAUAUCGACCCCACCAAAUUCCCCAUGAGGUACUGCUAUUGCUUGAACAACAGGACAAAUGACUUAACAGAUUUUACUGCUUUGCUAGUUGAUAUCGUUGGCAACUCCACCGAUUCCCUUAAAGAAAUUUUCAAGUCUACCUCUAUUGUGUCAGUGAGCCAAGGAAAUGACACGGACUGCAUCUAUAUUUGUGUCAUGUCAGGCCGCACAGGCAGAAAUCUGUCCGAUUUGUGGGAAGCCAUUGAAAAGUCACCGUUUAUUAACUACACUUUUUCAGGAAAUGUGUCUGACCUUCUGGCUCCAGGGAUCCCUGCACAACCGUGGACCGUUGCUGCAAAAGGUGUUGAGGCAUCCUCACUGCCUUUCACCAUGUGGCAACAGACUCCUGGCUUGAAAGGUGCUGAGGUUUCGUCUUUCCAAGAGUCCUCGAGGCUGCAGACGGAUGCUGCGAAAGAAUGGGCAGUCUUGCCCACUGCGAUGGCUUCUUCCUUGCCUCCGUUGAGCUAUGGCAUUCUGCCUGGGACGCAGCCAGUGCCAAGAUGUCCACAGACAAUGAAGAAAGGCACCUCCAUGACUACACCGUACAUCACGGCUCAGAAGAUAAACCCUUGUGUGAUGGAGCUGUGCAAAUUUUUCCACCAGUGCCUCUGUGCAAGGGACAGAAGCUACUCAAGAGAUGAAGCUAUGAGGUACUGUAUUGAAAACUAUUCCUGGUUCUUGAAAAAUGCAACAUACAUCUGUGAAAAAGUCAAGAGGACUGCCCAUUCAAGGACUUUAAAGCAAAAAUGCCUUGCAAGCAUUUGCAAAGCUAUUUAA